ACCGGCAGUGACGUCAUUACGCAGUGUAACUUCCGGCAAAGGCAGGGUCCGUUCCGCAAUCCGUCCGCUGUUCUGGUUCAGAAGGCCAAAUAGCGACAGAGCGCUCAGAGACGUGAUGUCAGCCUCCCUGCGGUUGGUGUCCUGUGUAAACAGACCAGGCUCUUUUGGGGUCACUCAGAGUCUGCUGAGGUCCUUCAGUGUGUCCUCUCAGAGAGCAGGAUUCAAGUAUGUUAAUGCUCAGGAAGUUCCUACGGACAUGAAGUCGAUCACAGACCGAGCGGCUCAGACUCUGCUGUGGACCGAACUCUUCAGAGGUCUGGGUAUGACGAUGAGUUACCUGUUCAGAGAGCCGGCCACUAUCAACUACCCCUUUGAGAAAGGACCUCUGUCCCCCCGCUUCAGAGGAGAGCACGCGCUACGCAGGUAUCCUUCAGGGGAGGAGCGCUGCAUUGCCUGCAAGCUGUGUGAAGCUAUCUGUCCUGCACAGGCUAUCACCAUAGAAGCAGAGACUCGGGCUGAUGGCAGCAGGAGGACAACUCGCUACGACAUCGACAUGACCAAAUGCAUCUACUGCGGCUUCUGUCAGGAGGCGUGUCCUGUGGACGCCAUUGUGGAGGGUCCUAACUUUGAGUUUUCCACAGAGACUCAUGAGGAGCUGCUCUACAACAAAGAGAAGUUGCUCAACAAUGGAGACAAGUGGGAGGCAGAGAUCGCUGCUAAUAUACAGGCUGAUUACCUGUACCGAUAGACACACACACACACACACACACACACACGCACACACACUCGUGUCCAUCCUGUACAUACUUUAAGGAGACUCUCAGCUGUGUUUUUGGUUUCGGACAGAAGGCUCCCUGCUCUCUCUGUCUGUCUGGUUAUGUAUUUAUUAUAGAAACACGAGUCUGAUCAGGGUCAGUGACCAGUGAUGGAUGGAUUAGUGAUCGGCGAUUCAUCUCUGGUACAGAUCAUUGAUCAGACUAUGACAUCAGACAGCUGAUUAUGGAUUGUUGUAAUCUGUGCAGAUGUUUUUCUUUGUGACUAAUAAAUGUCAGAGAAAACUCUGUCAGCUGUGGUUAUAUUUCCCUGAUGGACACUGGGCUGGGUUUAAAGGGUUAAUACAAACUGUAAUCUGUUCAAAGAUUAACUUUCAUUUUAAGGUUCUGUGCCAAACUUAGGCUCGUACAUUAAAAACCCCAAAGAGAAAA